AUGGACGCUCGAGCUAUCCAACGAAUGAUUCAAGGUGCCGGUGGGGGCAACCAGACAGCAGGAGUGGACCAACCUUUGAAUGACACAUCAGAGCAGGUUCACAUAUCGGCGCUCGCCCUAUUGAAGAUGUUGAAGCACGGUAGAGCAGGUGUACCCUUGGAAGUGAUGGGCUUGAUGUUGGGAGAAUUCGUCGACGAUUGGACAGUCAGAGUGGUCGAUGUAUUUGCUAUGCCCCAAAGUGGUACUGGUGUAAGUGUUGAAGCGGUCGACCCGGUCUUCCAAACCAAAAUGAUGGAUAUGCUUAAUGCAACCGGACGGCCGGAGAUGGUUGUAGGAUGGUAUCAUUCUCAUCCCGGGUUCGGCUGUUGGCUAUCCAGCGUAGAUACAAACACGCAACAAUCGUUUGAACAACUAACUCCUCGAGCUGUCGCAGUCGUCGUAGAUCCAAUCCAAUCUGUCAGAGGAAAAGUCGUAAUCGAUGCAUUUCGAUUGAUUACCCCUCAGACAAUCAUGAUGGGUCAAGAGCCCCGACAGAGCACCUCCAACAUUGGUCAUUUAAACAAACCAUCUAUCCAGGCACUGAUUCACGGACUGAAUAGACACUAUUAUUCGAUCGCAAUCAACUACCGAAAGACUGAAUUAGAACAGGCAAUGCUACUCAACUUACACAAGAAGGAUUGGACCGAAGGGCUCCGACUGCAAGAUUUUGAAGUACACAGAUCUAAUAACGAAAAAACUGUCAAGCGUAUGUUGACGUUGGCCUCGUCUUACAACAAAUCCGUGCAAGAAGAGUCGACGCUAACAGCCGCACAAUUGAAAACUCGGCAUGUGGGCAAGCAAGAUCCAAAGAGGCACUUAGAGGAAGAGGUCGAGGCUGCAAUGUCAGAUCAAAUCUCUCAAGCUCUUGGGACCAUGAUGAUGGCCUUGUCAGCAUGA